CGACCGUAUCGAGAUCUCACUUUUUAUGCAGAAGCAUAGCAAGAUCGAGAACCAGGGUGAGGUGUCGGAGUAGUUGGGGGUUAAAACAUCUUGGAUACUCCCUCAUUGUGCGGGUGGGGUGUGGAUACAUUUUACUCAACACGGAAGCGGAGGUUUCAUAGCAGAUUUUGUGAACGUUCAGCUGGAUAUAAUCAGUCAGAAUGGGGUGUACUCUCAGUGCCGAGGAGCGAGAUGCUAUGGAAAGGAGUAAAGCGAUUGAAAGGAAUUUAAAAGAAGAUGGAAUCCAAGCUGCAAAGGAUAUAAAACUGUUGCUUUUAGGUGCGGGUGAAUCGGGGAAAAGUACUAUCGUCAAACAAAUGAAAAUUAUUCAUGAAGGAGGGUUUACAAGUGAGGAUAAUAAACAAUUUAAACCAGUAGUAUACAGCAAUACUAUACAGUCCCUUGUUGCCAUUAUCCGCGCCAUGAGCACACUCAAUAUUAAUUUUGGAGACAAUGAUAGAGAGUCUGAUGCGAAAAUGGUGCUUGAUGUGAUAGCUAGAAUGGAAGAUACAGAGCCUUUUUCGGAAGAAUUAUUAGCAGCCAUGAAACGACUAUGGAAUGAUAGUGGUGUACAAGAAUGUUUUGGUAGAUCUAAUGAAUAUCAACUGAAUGAUUCAGCUAAAUACUUUUUAGAUGAUUUAGAACGUUUAGGUGCAAAAGAUUACAUGCCUACAGAACAAGAUAUCUUACGAACUAGAGUUAAAACAACUGGUAUUGUAGAAGUACACUUCUCCUUUAAGAAUUUAAAUUUCAAAUUGUUCGAUGUUGGUGGACAGCGGUCUGAGAGAAAGAAAUGGAUACAUUGUUUUGAAGAUGUUACAGCUAUAAUAUUCUGUGUAGCUAUGAGUGAAUAUGAUCAGGUUUUACAUGAAGAUGAAACAACUAAUCGCAUGCAAGAAAGUUUGAAAUUAUUUGAUUCUAUUUGUAAUAACAAAUGGUUUACGGAUACAUCUAUAAUUUUAUUUCUAAAUAAGAAAGAUUUGUUUGAAGAAAAGAUUAAAAAAUCUCCAUUAACUAUAUGUUUUGGAGAAUAUACAGGUAAACAAACUUAUGAAGAAGCAGCUGCAUAUAUUCAAGCGCAAUUUGAAGCUAAGAACAAGAGUUCAACGAAGGAAAUUUAUUGUCACCAAACUUGUGCUACAGAUACUAACAAUAUUCAGUUUGUGUUUGAUGCCGUAACCGAUGUAAUCAUUGCAAACAAUCUGAGAGGAUGUGGCUUGUAUUAAAGUGUCUACACACUAUGAGAACUAUGUAUCUGUUUGUGCAAUGUCGUGCCGUCUGUGACUUAUCCACAUUCAAUUGGACUUUCGGCAGAGAGCAAGCAAAAAUGUCUCUGCUCAUAUUGUGUGCAAUUUUAAUGCCAUUAUUCUUGGGAGAAUAUUCAGGUCCUUCUUGACGUAUUAAUACAGACUCAUUCAGGAUAAGGAAACCUAAAUAUAUAUACCAGGAAAACGGAAAAUUUAUUUCAUUUGAAGACAUG